CACGCCUUUUGCAAACCGGGUCCAGCUGUCCAUCCGACUGCGCCUCCUCUGCUGCUGGGGAGCACGAGCCCGUGACGCUACCCGUCCCACUCCAACCCCACCCACCACCACCGCAACCGCCCGCUUCCGGUUCGCACCACCCCAACCACCGCCGGCCAGCCCGGCCCGACCCCCAGAUCUGGUACGUGCCGCCCCUCGACUUGGCGCGCUCGAUCCGGCCUCGUGCUGGAGAUAUGCUAGGCUCGAGCUCACAUCUGGGAGAUUCCACCAAGGCGAGAUCCUAGUCGCAAAUCGCAGCCGCCACGAUGCAGGCGCGGGUCGCGUCCAUGGAGGACGUGAAGGAGGCGAGGCAGGCGGGGGCGCAGGGGCAGGGCAGGGUGUUCCCGACGGGGAUGCUCAAGGUGUUCCUGGGGUUCCUGCUGCUGGGCGUGGGGCUGUCCGCGGCCGGCAUGUACAUGGCGCGGCACGCAGUGGCGGCGGUCGCGCCCUCGCUGUUCCGGCCGUGCCUGGGGGCCUCCGCCGCGGAGGAGGAGCCCGAGGGGCUGGAGCGGUGGACGCGGCCUCCAACACGCGUGGAGCACCCGAUGACGGACGAGGAGCUGCUCUGGCGUGCGUCCUUCGCGCCGCGGGUGCGUGGGUACCCGUUCCGGCGCGUGCCCAAAUUGGCCUUCAUGUUCCUCACGCGCGGCCCGUUGCCGCUGGCGCCGCUGUGGGAGCGUUUCUUCCGUGGGCACGAGGGGCGCUACUCCAUCUACGUGCACGCGCUUCCAUCCUACCGCGCCAACUUCACCUCCGAAUCCGUCUUCUACAAACGCCAAAUCCCCAGUAAGGUUGCAGAAUGGGGUCAAAUGACCAUGUGUGAUGCUGAGAGACGUCUACUUGCCAACGCUUUGCUGGAUAUAUCCAACGAAUGGUUUGUGCUUGUGUCUGAGUCCUGCAUUCCUAUAUUUGACUUCAACACAACAUACCAGUACUUCCAAAAUUCGAGCCAAAGCUUUGUCAUGGUGUUUGAUGAUCCUGGCCCAUAUGGACGCGGGCGGUACAACUGGAACAUGACCCCUGAGGUUGAACUUGAACAAUGGCGCAAAGGCUCACAAUGGUUUGAAGUAGACAGAGAACUUGCCAUUGCAAUUGUCAAGGACAUAGUCUAUUACCCAAAAUUCAAGGAGUUUUGCAGACCUCAUUGUUAUGUUGAUGAGCACUAUUUCCCUACAAUGCUCACGAUCGAAGCUCCGCACAGCCUGGCGAACAGGAGUGUUACCUGGGUGGAUUGGUCAAGAGGCGGUGCACAUCCAGCCACUUUUGGCAGGGGCGAUAUCACGGAGGAAUUCCUAAGGAGAGUUCGAGAGGGACGAACUUGUCUAUACAAUAACCAGAACGCGACAAUGUGCUUCUUGUUUGCGCGGAAGUUUUCUCCAAGUGCAUUGGAGCCAUUGUUAGAGCUAGCGCCCACUGUGCUCGGUUUUGAUUGAUGUAAUGCUUUAACAGGUGCCACCUGUAGUUUUGAUAUUAGAUCAUUGUAGGUAGGCAUACAUGCGUGGAGGUAUGGGCUUAUCUUGAUGGAUGAAAACAUGCACGACGACCCACCUCCGCUUGAUUAUUAUUCGCAAACUUGUAUUGCUUUGUACAGUAAACUGACAAUGGAUCACAAGAGAACUUUUCUCUUGGAUUACUAAGCUGUAUUUUCUCUUUACUUUAUUGGAAGGUAUUAUUGUGAAAUUUUGAACAAAAAGAUAAUGAGCAACAAACAAAUUGGCGUGCCACAA